AGCAAUUGUAUACACAAACGUUACAAAUACUUUCUAUUUGAGCAAAUAACGACAUUGAUCUCUAACCGAACACUUUUUGUUUGUAUGUAUGUAUAUAAGAAAGAAAAAAAACCUAGAAAUAAUCUUCAAAAAGGAGGAAAUGGAAAAUUUGUUUAUAGGAGCCCUAAUAUGUCUAAGCCUUGUGUUACAAGUCACCGGCAGUGGGGACGACAACCCUUUAAUAAACCAUUACGCUGAUUACGAGACGAUUCAUCCCAGCGAAUAUUACAGCUCUGAUUUCGAACUCAAAGACGGAACCAAUGUGAUCUUCGAAGCUAUCAACGAACUAAAAGGGAUCAAGAAACCAAAAGCAGGGUUCGAGUGCAGCAUUGGUCGGAAACAAUGGACUAGGUCUCUCCCUGGAGACGUGUUCUACGCAAAGUUCUUCUUUUACACUAUUAACCCCAACGCAAAGGUGACUAACCGGUGCCAUUUCCGGUCUAGUUUGGGUUAUGCUACUAUCAAUAUCGAGAUAACGCCGGCGCUGGGAGAACGGUGUCCUGGAUACAGAUGCGUUUUAGCGAUCAGACGUGAAGGUCUUCUGAUGAAAGAUACUAACGAGCUUUUCCCUUGGACUCCUUGGCCUCAUCGUCAUACUCAACCUAAGUUGCCUGGGAUGAUCACUAAGUGAUUCCUCUGAUAUGUUGCCGGGAUGUUGUGUCAGUGUG